AGAAGCCAUACAGCUGAGAGUGUUUCCAUCUCCCAGUCCCAGUGGAAAUUUAAUGGAUAUUUCUCUGAUUUUACUUUAACCUUGCCUGUGUCGUGUGUUUUUUGUCCCCGAAUUUUCCAUCGGUGGAAGCCAAAUUCCUAGUAUUUGCCAAUAUUACUCUGUGAUAUGAUCUGAGAACAAAACCGAGAUCUACUUAAGUAACCAAAAUUGUAAAGUUAGUGGUGUGCACAAUUCCAAAUCGUACAGUGCGUGAAGAGUAAAUUGUUUGUGUGUGACGAAAACAAGGGAAACAAAAGAAGAUGGCAUUGAGAGUGGUAGGUUUAUUGAUUCGCCAGGAAGUGUCUGCUCUUGGCGGUAAAUCGACAACGCGCAUGAUCAGUACCAGCACGGUGCGAUCUGCACGUAUUCUGAAGGAUUCGCCCAAUGCGCACAUGAACAAAACGCUUUUGGAUCGUUUCCACAAGCUGAAGUACGAUCCCAAGUACGUGCAGGCCACCUACGUUUGGAUUGACGGAACUGGAGAAAAUGUCCGUCUGAAGGAUCGGGUGCUAGACUACGUUCCAAAUAAACCGGAAGACGUGCCCAACUGGCAGUACGACGGUAGCUCAACUUAUCAGGCCUUGGGAGGCAACUCGGACAUCAAACUGGUGCCACGAGCUUUGUACAAGGAUCCGUUCAAGCCAGGACAGAACGAUUUGAUUGUUCUGUGCGACACGUAUCAGCCAGAUGGAAAGCCAACGGAGUCGAAUAAACGUGCUGCUAUGCAGGAUGCCUACAAUAAGACGAUGAAGGAUAUACCAUGGUUCGGCAUUGAGCAGGAGUACACUUUUCUGGACAUUGAUGGCAGGCCCUUGGGUUGGCCAACGGCUGGAUUCCCAGGACCUCAGGGACCGUACUACUGUGCUACCGGUGCCCAGAAUGUCGUCGGUCGUGACAUCGCUGAAGCACACGCCAUCGCUUGUCUGUAUGCCGGAGUUGACUUUGCCGGAACCAAUGCCGAAGUCAUGCCAGCUCAAUGGGAAUUCCAGGUUGGUCCAAACGUUGGAAUGAAGUGUGCCGAUGAUAUCUGGAUAGCUCGGUACCUGCUGUGGCGUAUCGCUGAAGACUACGGCGUUGUCGUGACGUUCGACCCGAAACCCAUGGCAGGAAACUGGAACGGUGCCGGAGGUCACUGCAACUUCUCUACCAAAGCGAUGCGAGAAGAGAACGGUAUCGAAGCUAUCAAGGCUGCCAUCGAAAAACUGUCCAAACAGCAUGCCAAGCAUAUCAAGGCCUACGAUCCCCGCGGAGGAAAGGAUAACGAACGUCGUCUGGUAGGCCGUCUGGAGACCUCGUCGAUCGACAAGUUUAGCUGGGGUGUUGCCGACCGUAGCACCAGCGUGCGCAUUCCACGUGGCGUCGCCGAUGCCAAGAAGGGCUACCUUGAGGACCGGCGUCCUAGCUCCAACUGUGAUCCCUACAGCGUUUGCCAUGCCAUCCUCGAGACCUGUCUCGUCGAGUAAAAAUGCCCUUCACCCACGUUACAUAACCAUCAAACCCACUCAGAAACAGAAUAUCCACUUAUUGCAAUCGAGUACUUUCGAGCGCUCAUGAGAGAAACAUUGUAUAUUUUGAUAAACUGUAACGUCUAAAAUACAUAGCAUUUGUUAUCAUUGUGUGUGUCAAAGCGUCUAUAUCAAACUGAAUCUGAUGCAAACAAUAAUAAAAGAUAGCAUUUUCAUGGAUACGUAAUCAUGAACGGAAUAUAAAAGAAAAAGAUAUUAACAGAUGUUAUAACUGCCGUACACCAAACACCUAUUUACAAACAAAUGACAACAGGAACAGGAAUACAAACAAACGAAUGGUACAACCAACUGCAGGCAAUAUGAUACAAAAGAAAGGCCGAUUGUAGGACACUAGUUCGUUAGUUCGGAAAUCACUGUUAUUGCUUCUUUCUAUUAUUUUUUUUUCGCAACUCAGUGAACAGCAAGUGCCCGACGUAUGCCGUCGAUAGAUAGAAUGUUGAAGACAAGUGGGAACCAUAAUAACCUGGCAAAGUGUUUAAGAUACGAAGUAUACUGAUUUGCAGAAUGUUGCAACCUAUAGUUUACGUUUUAGGGAACUUUGUUUUUAUUGUUUCGCAUGAUAAAGGCAGAAGUGUUUAUUUAUCGCAUUAUUGACUGAAGUUGAUUUUCUUUGUGUUUUAGGUUAUUUUAAAACGUGAUGAAAUACAAAACUAGAUUGUUAGUGCCGACCGAUUGGCCGAACCUUGGCUCAUCGGAAAACAAACAGAUGAUUUAUGAAUGCAAAACAAAAAUUAUAUUGAACGCUGUAAUGGAUAUGAUUGGAAUGGAAGAAAUCGGUACAUAUAAAAAGAAAACAACAAAUAUCAAAUUUUUUGGGCAGCGUAAUAGAUAAAGACAACUGUUGUAGGAUAUAAGUAAAACAUAGUAAACAAAAAUACAGAAAAAAAGAUAUUCAUCUCAACAAA